UUGCGGCUCGCGCUCUUACUUGCUCUCUCCUGCAGGCAGCCCACACAGGGUUAAAGUCUGCUCCAUAAACUCCUGCUUAAGAAUCCCCUGGCAGCUUCUGGUGAGGGCUUUAAAUACUGAUUUGACAGAUUGUUGCUCCGCUUGCAGGCACUGAGAAAGCAGUCCACCGCCGCCUAGAACCUCACACUGUCCUCCCUGCGUCCCUGGUGCAUCUGUCCUGACAAGAUGGUCAUGCUCCGAACAGUCUUUUUCUCCUUUGUGUUUAUGCCUUGGGUUCCAUCUUCCACAGAGAGACAAUUCAACUCAAAGGAAGUGCGUUUACCAUUUGAUGACCCACAAAAGCCAGAGAGGGACAGAGCCUCUUUUGUGGAUUACGACCACAGCCUGGCGUUCAUGCCCGCAGACACCUCAGAUGACACCAUUGCAAGCCCAGCUGUGGGGGACCCAAGCGACCUGCCCACAUGCCUGCUGUGUGUGUGCCUCACCGGCUCCGUCUACUGUGAGGAGGUGGUCCCUGACAUGACCACAGUGCCAGCACUGCCAAAGGAGACUGCCUACCUCUAUGCCAGAUACAACAAAAUUAAAAAGAUAACGGUUAAGGACUUUGCUGAUAUUUUGACUCUGAAAAGGAUCGACCUCACUGGAAACGUCAUUUCAGAGAUUGAGGAUGGGGCCUUCUCCAAGCUGCACCAGUUGGAGGAGCUCUCUCUUGCUGAGAACAGGCUGGUGAAACUGCCAGUUCUGCCAGCCAAGCUGAUCUCCUUCAAUGCAAAUCACAACCGCCUCAGAACCAAAGGUGUAAAGGCCAAUGCUUUCAAGAAACUGACCAAGCUGACAUUUCUGUACCUGGCUUACAAUGAACUGGAGGCUGUACCACAGAUUCCAGAGACCGUGCGCAUUCUGCAUCUACAGAAUAACAAUAUCACGAGCAUCAGCGACGAGACCUUCUGCAAGGGCAACACAACCCACUACAUCAGGGAGAACAUGAAUGAGAUCCGGUUAGAUGGCAAUCCAGUAUUCCUAGCCCAAUACCCAAACAGCUUCAUCUGCCUCAAGUCACUGCCCAUUGGAAAAUACUACUGAGAAGUCUCUGUAAAGGGAUGAAUUAAUGGUGAAUUUCAUGUAAACAAGUCAAAUUAAUGCACAGACUCCUGGAAUGUUUUGAAGUACCUAUAAAGAAACAAUGUAAACUUGUGCAAUUUGGGUGAUAGCUUUUCAGAUACAUUCACAAGUAAGCUACCCCCAAAACUGUAUAUCAUUCUUAUUCUGUACCUGAUCUGACACUGAGAUAUGUCAUCACCAGUGCAUUGUUUUUCUGAUAUUCUUUAACACCCUUUACUGGUGUAACAGUGGUGGGGGGGACUUCUUGACAUGGACCAUGUGUAACUGCACCUUCUGUUUUCUGUUCCUUGGUCUCCUUAUACAUGAGGAAAAGCUUCCAGCUUUACCCAGAAUUGUGUGAAUUAUCUUCAUUUAAACUGUUUUUACUUCAAAAGAAAAAUGUACUUAGUAGGUAUGUGUAACCACAGGACACAGAUUAAGUAACGGAGUAUGACAGCUGCUCGUAAGAGUUUAACUCCAAGAUUUAUCAUAAUUUGAUUACUUCUCUUGCUUUUAAUAAUAAUGUCAAAGUUACUACCUAUGUGAUUCUACAGGCUAGUAGGUUAUUAGUAUAAUAUACAGUUUUGACGUGGCUAUAUUUGUGUAAUUAUUUUAAUAAAAACUAUUUUUUAUUUUAAAA